AUGAGACUCCGCAGCGUAACAAGAAGAGCCUGCGCAUGGCUACGCCUCCCCGCAGAGAUUCGCCUCAUGAUUUUGGAGAUAGUCGCUGCCCAGAAACAUCGCGGCUGGGCUUCCCUUGCGUCUGUAUGCAGAGAGUGGCAGCACGUUUUAGAAAAGGUCAAUUUUCGCAAGGUGAAGCUGCGAGCAUCUUGUCUCGAUGGUUUCGAAUCCAUCAUUUCGCCGCAAAAGAGAGAGCUCAUCCACCACAUCUGUCUCAAUGUUGAGUUACCACGAUGUAGGGGCAAAUGUUGCGUAAAAGUACGUCCGCCUCCAGUUGCACUGGGCCCUCUCUUGAGGGAUGCAAUAUCCAAGCUCUUCUCCAUUCUCAGUCUCUGGGGGCCCAUGGAGAACUUGGCAUUGGAGCUCAAUGUAUAUUCUACCAGCGACCGCGAACAUUGGUUCAAAAACAUUUAUUUGUCCUCCGAUAAUGUUGAGGAUGGCACGGAGACAGAGCCGGACGUUUGUAUUGAACCUCUAUAUCAUGACCCAAAGUAUGGCUGGAUGCAUGGUCGACAAUUUAGGGCUCCACCAAAGACGGCUAUUGAACGACUCUUCGGAUCUAUUCCCUUAAAUUUCGAUGAAGAAUUACCUCCAGUUCAGGCAGUCACCAGCUUCAUUAUCCGUCGACAACUCCGGCGUUAUAUCCCUCCGUUCGGAUUCGCCCAUAUGAUGGAAAAGUUUCAUCGUCUGGAGCAUAUUUUAUAUGAGCCAUGGGCGCCAUCUACAAGUUGGACAAGAUAUUUUCAUGAUCGAGAUACUCUCAACAGCUUGACAAUAUUUGAGGACUCCUAUGAAUUCUAUGAUCGAUUUCCAAGGCGGCGGGUCCCUGAUUACAUGUUGGAUAUGGAUGUUCCUAGUAGAGCUAUUGGUCGUGAUUUCGCAUCCAAAAGCCUCAGCUUACAACACUUUGCCAUCUCCUUUAUGGUCAAUGCCGAGGAUGUCUUUCGAGCUUGUCAUUCGACAUGGUGCUGGCAACAUCUCCAAUCCUUGGCACUUACAUCAGAGCUCCUACAGGCCAAUGGCGAAAAGCGCGACUGGAUUGAGGUUCUGCUCUGCCGAGCCGGAGACCUUGCGCAGCAGAUGCCCAAGAUACACACCUUUGUUCUUUGGAACGGUGGAAAGGGAAACGCCUGCGCGUUUGUAUAUCGUAUAGUCCAAGGCAGAGGCUCAGUAACUUGGCGCGGAACAUGGCUCCUAAAGCUGUCUCCUCGUGUAAUCGAAUCAUGGCAACUCGCCAACUCGAAGUUGCGUGUGUCUCGCCCUGAACUUCAACUAAAGCAGGAGCAAAUUCAGGCGACAAUAAGAUCUCCGGGUGAUGCAAUAUAUCAUCUAAAACUGCCCUGCCAAGUUAUUGAGCCUGCAUCUCUCUGGCAAAUCCGGAGGGAAGCAUGCAUUGGGGAAUAA